UCUUUCAGAAUACCAUGGUGCCUUGCGCGUUUCCGCUAUUUCAGCAUGCCAAAGCAGAUAUCAUCCUUCGAUCAUCAGAUGGCAUUGAUUUUCGCGUGUUCACUCUCUUUCUGAACCUUGCCUCUUCAUCCUUUGACUCCAUCAUCGAGCAAGCGUCACAAUCAGACCAGAUUGAAGGCGAUCUGCCCAUCGUGCCCGUGGAAGAAAAUCACAGAGUCCUUGACAUCUGGCUCAGAUUCUGCUAUCCUUCUACUCUUGCAGAGGAUCCUCCUCUGAAUGACUUUGAAAAUAUCAUGCCUGUCCUCGAGGCAGCCAGGAAAUAUUCUUUGAAACCGCUCGAGCACAAAGUCCGCCAGGCGCUUAUCAGCCGUAUGGAGAAAGACCCUCUGCGAUGUUUUGCGCUUGCAAUGCGUAUGCAGCUAGACACCGAAACGGUGCUUGCUGCAAAAUACACUCUCCGACAACCUCUGAUCCCUGCGAGAGUUCCGGAAAUCGACCUCAUCACGGCAAAGGAGCUGCUCGCGCUACUUACCUAUCAUCAGAGGUGUGGCAUAUCGGUGCAAUCCUUGGGCAGGAAUUUAUCCUGGAUUACCGGGCACUACAUCAUGAACGAAAGCUACCAAUGGAUCAUUGGCGGUUCCUGUAGCUGCGAAUCCAGCAGUCAAUUCUUGCUCAGUGGUCAACGACCACUGAAAUGGUGGAGUGAAUACAUGGAGAAGAGUCUGACAUCAUUGUCUGACAAGCCAUCUGGCCACACGGUCCUUGUGGGGAUCGAUGAUGCGGUCCGGGGCGUUCGAACUACUGGUUGCUCGCGAUGCUGUUCAAAUAUCCUGGUGAAUAUGACGGAAUUCGCUGGGUUGUUUAGUAUGAAGGUUGAUACGUUGACGGCAAAGGUUGAUCUCGACAUGGAGUUGCUCAAUUCCUUCAUACCUGCAACCCUAACGCCCCCAUUGAGUCGUGUAGUGCCUCCCAAGGCAUCUAGUAGCGUGUCGAAGGGGGGGAAGUGGAAAAAGAAAAAGUGAUAAAACAAUUGAACUACUGUAUAUUGGAAUCAAAUAGUACUAGUAGUACUUAUAUAGUUCGACGCCAGACUGUACAUUUCAAGAACACGGCGGGUCAUACCAAACAGACGCAAGAAGCGUUCUGUCCCU